GCGGAAAUAUUUGCGGUUUCAAUUAUAGAUGACGUUUUAACCAAAGCAUUAUUGUAAUAAGUAUUUUUCUUUAUCCUUUAAUAAAAAAAAAUGAAUGCUCCACCAACUUUCGAGUCUUUUUUAUUGUACGAGGGCGAAAAGAAAAUCAUCAAAGAGUUGGACACAAAAGUCACCAAUGCCGCUAUUUUCACAGUCAAUAAGGAGGAUCACACACUUGGCAAUAUGAUUAGAAAUCAGCUUUUGAAGGAUCCCAAUGUUCUGUUUGCUGGUUAUAAAGUGCCACAUCCGUUGGAGCACAAAUUUGUUAUCCGUAUACAAACUACUUCUGAUUACUCUCCGCAUGAAGCUUUUAUGAAUGCUAUAACUGACUUGUUAGCGGAACUUUCAUUGUUCGAAGAGCGAUUUAAGGAAGCAAUUAAGGAGAAAAAAGAGGGUGGUGACUAAAUGCAGCUUGCGUUCGUUCGUUUUAUUCCUUCUUUAGUCUUACUGAUUAUUUAUUAAGGUAGUGUUAAAAGCCUAACACAUGGUUCUUUAUUUCUGAAAGUAUCCAUUUUGUAUAUUUUUCAAAAAAUUUAUGCAAUAAAAAGGACAUAUUUGCAAAGUUUUAAA